GGCGGGGAGGAGGCAGGGCCGGGCUGGGCCGGGCCGGGCCGCCUGCCUGCCCGCCUAUUUGAGGGAAAGUAGCGGUUGGCGGGCGCUCAGUGCCGGCCGCCGCGGAGAGGCAGCGGGCGAGCGGCCGCCGGUCGGUGCCCGCAGACCGGCGCGGCGCUGCCCGCCCCCCCCCCUUCCCCGCUCCCCCCCCCCCCCCCCUGCCGAGGACUGCCGCGCUCGUCGCACGAGUGGCGGCGGGGGGAGCCGCCCCGCGGGGUCGCCGCCGCCUCUGCCCCUUCCCCGCCGCGCCGUUAAUGGAAACAUGGCGAUGGCGGCUCCGACCGGCAGCGCGGCGCCCGUCGCCCCGGCCCUCUGCGGCCACCUGGCCCUGCUGCUGCUCCUCGCCGCCCCCGCCGCCCACGGCUACAGCUUCCCCCAGCAGCACACUAUGCAGUACUGGGCCAGGAGGCUGGAGCAGGAGAUUGAUGGAGUGAUGAGGAUAUUUGGUGGAGUCCAGCAGCUCAGAGGGAUCUACAAUGAGAAUAGAAACCUGUUUGAAGUCAAGGAGAACGUGCCCAGGAAAUUGGUGGAGAAAGUCGCAGGGGACAUUGAGAGCCUCUUGGCCAAGAAAGUCCGUGCUUUAAAGAGACUUGCCAAUGCAGCGGAGAAGUUCCAGAAGGCUCACCACUGGCAGGACAACAUCCGGGAGGAAGACAUCGAGUACUACGACUCCAAGGCUGACACUGAAUACGAUGAUCCCGAUGGAGAAGAGAUCGAGAGGGAGAAGUCCAACUCCUUGAAGCUGGAGUUCACUGAUGACGCCAACUUCAAGACCAAGGUUAACUAUUCGUACGCUGCCGUGCAGAUCCCCACGGACAUCUACAAAGGCUCCACCGUCAUCCUCAACGAGCUGAACUGGACGCAGGCGCUGGAGGACGUCUUCAUCGAGAAUCGGAAGGAGGAUCCCUCCCUGCUCUGGCAGGUGUUCGGCAGUGCCACCGGCGUCACCCGCUACUACCCCGCCACCCCGUGGAGAGCCCCCAAUAAGAUCGACCUCUACGACGUGCGCAGGCGGCCCUGGUACAUCCAAGGUGCCUCCUCCCCAAAGGACAUGGUCAUCAUCGUGGACGUGAGCGGCAGCGUGAGCGGCCUCACCCUCAAGCUGAUGAAGACCUCGGUCUAUGAGAUGCUGGACACCCUCUCGGACGAUGACUAUGUCAACGUGGCCUCGUUCAAUGAGAAGGCGAAGCCGGUGUCGUGCUUCAAGCACCUGGUGCAGGCCAACAUCCGGAACAAGAAGGUCUUCAAGGAGGACGUGCAGGGGAUGGUGGCCAAGGGCACAACCGACUACAAGGCUGGCUUUGAGUACGCCUUCGACCAGCUGCAGAACUCCAACAUCACUCGUGCCAACUGCAACAAGAUGAUCAUGAUGUUCACGGACGGCGGCGAGGACCGGGUGCAGGACGUGUUUGAGAAGUACAACUGGCCCAAUAAGACGGUGCGGGUCUUCACCUUCUCCGUCGGGCAGCACAACUACGACGUGACCCCGCUGCAGUGGAUGGCCUGCGCCAACAAAGGUUACUACUUCGAAAUCCCCUCCAUCGGCGCCAUCCGCAUCAACACGCAGGAGUACCUGGACGUGCUGGGCAGACCCAUGGUCCUGGCAGGGAACCGAGCCAAGCAGGUUCAGUGGACCAACGUCUACCAGGAUGCCCUGGGGCUGGGCCUGGUGGUGACGGGCACGCUGCCGGUGUUCAACCUGACGGAGGACAGCAGUGACAGGAAGAACCAGCUCAUCCUGGGCGUGAUGGGGAUCGACGUGGCUCUCAACGACAUCAAGAGGCUGACGCCGCGUUACAACCUGGGGGCAAACGGUUACGUCUUCGCCAUCGACCUGAACGGCUACGUCCUGCUGCACCCCAACCUGCAGCCCCAGAUCAUCAAUUUCCGUGAGCCGGUGACGCUGGACUUCCUGGAUGCUGAGCUGGAGGACGAGAACAAGGAGGAGAUCCGGAGAAGCAUGAUUGAUGGGAAUGACGGGCAGAGGUUCAUCAAGACCCUCAUCAAGUCCCUGGAUGAGCAAUACAUCGACGAGGUGUUCAGGACCUACACGUGGGCCCCCAUCAAAAGCACCAACUACAGCCUGGGGCUGGUUCUGCCUCCUUACAGCACCUACUACAUCCAGGCCAACCUCAGCGACCAGAUCCUACAAGUGAAGUUACCAAACAUCAAAAUGAAGGAUUUUGAAUACCUGCUGCCCAACAGCUUUGAGUCGGAGGGACAUGUGUUCAUUGCUCCCAGAGAGUAUUGCAAAGACCUCGACUUGUCGGAUAACAACACCGAGUUCCUGGAAAACUUUAUUGCCCUCAUGGAAAAGGUGACCCCAGACUCCAAGCAGUGUGACAAUUUCCUCCUGCACAACCUGAUCCUGGACACGGGCAUCACGCAGCAGCUGGUGGAGCGGGUCUGGAAGGACCAGGACCUCAACACGUACAGCCUCUUGGCCGUCUUCGCAGCCACCGAUGGGGGCAUCACCCGCGUCUUCCCUAACAAGGCUGCAGACGACUGGGAGGAGGAACCGGAGCCCUUCAACGCCAGCUUCUACCGGAGGAGCCUGGACAACAAGGGCUACAUCUUCAAGCCGCCCUACCGGGACGCCGGCUACCGGGGGCUGGACCUGGAGAACAACACCAUCGGGAUCCUGGUGAGCACCGCCGUGGAGCUCAGCAUCGGGGGCAAGACGCUGAAGCCAGCAGUGGUGGGGGUGAAGCUGGACCUGGAAGCCUGGGCUGAGAAGUUCAAAGUGCUGGCGAGCAACCGGACGGACCGCGACCAGCUGGGUGCCCGCCGGUGCGACCCCUCGACCAGCUGCGAGAUGGACUGUGAGGCCAACAACAAGGACCUCAUCUGCGUCCUCAUCGAUGACGGGGGCUUCCUGGUGCUUUCCAACCAGGAGGACCACUGGUACCAGGUGGGCAAGUUCUUCAGCGAGGUGGACGCCAACCUGAUGUCCGCCCUCUACAACAACUCCUUCUACACCCGCAAGGAGUCCUACGACUUCCAGUCCGUCUGCGCCCCCGAAGCCCAGAGCAACACGGGCGCUGCGCCCCGCGGCGUCUUCGUGCCCACCGUGGCCGAUCUCCUGAACCUUGCCUGGUGGACCUCAGCUGCAGCCUGGUCCCUCUUCCAGCAGUUCCUGUACGGCCUCACCUACAGCAGCUGGUUCCAGACGGAGGAGGUGGCGGGGGACAGCAUGGAAGCCAGGGAGACGAGCUGCAUCAUGAAACAGACGCAGUACUACUUCAGCACCGUCAAUGCCACCUACAACGCCAUCAUCGACUGCGGCAACUGCUCCAGGCUCUUCCACGCGCAGAGGCUGGCCAACACCAACCUGCUCUUCGUGGUGGCCGACAAGCCCCUCUGCAGCCAGUGCGAGUCCGUCAAGCUGCUGCAGGCGGAGGUAAGAGCCCCCCCGAGGGACCCCAACCAGUGUGAGCUGGUGGACAGGCCCCGCUACCGGAAAGGCCCCCACAUCUGCUUCGACUACAAUGCAACAGAAGAUACCUCAGACUGCGGCCGAGGGGCUUCCUUCGCCCCCUCCCUGGGGGUCCUGCUCUCCCUGCAGCUGCUGCUCCUCUACUCCAGCGCCAGCCGGCACCCGCUGCCCCCGGCCGCCUGCCUUUAGCCCCCCCCGGCCGCCCCCGCCAGCUCUCUUUUCUUUCAAGCUCCAUCUCCAUCCCCCUCCCCGGCCCGGUGGAGCGGGAGCGACGUCCCCUCCGCCGCCUCGGGGACCCCCGCGACGCCACCCCGCGCUCCCCGCCGGCCGCAGCCAAAGAAGAGUCGGGGUGCGGGCAGGGGCUCCCCGGCAGAGCGGGGACCGGGUCGGUGCCCCCCGACGUCGCGCCCUCCCGGCCGCUCGGACUCGGAAAGUGGCGUCGGUGCCCUCCGCCCGCGACCCCCCAUCCACCUCGCCUAUUUUUUUAGCCUGAAGAUUUUAAAGCAGAUCUUUCUACAUCGAGUUUCCGACAUUUUCGCCUGGAGACCGGCGGUGUUUAUUGUCAGCAACGAGGACACAUGGAAAAAAAAAAAAAAAAAAGGGGGGGGAAAAAGGAAAAAAAAAAAAAAAAAAAAAAAAAGAAAAAAGGACUUGACUUGACUGUGCGGGUCAGUAUUAUUUGUACCGGCCCCCCGGGCGUGCGGGGCAGACGGCGGCUCCAGCAUCCCUGCGGGCUCGGGGCCGGCCGCGGGCAGGGGCAGAGGUGGGGGGCAGCGACCGUCGCCUGCGCCGGGGUGGGAUGGAGGCCUGGGCUCAGCCGCUCUCGUGUGUUCUUGGGCACAGAUACUGGGGUGAAAAGGAGAGGGGGGGGAAAAAAAAAAAAAAAAAAUAUGUAUUUUGUUUCUUUUCCAUUCUGCAGAUCACUGUGAAAUCCUGCCCGCCCAGCCCCUGCGGCCGCCCUCGCCCCGGCAGCCCUGCCAAAGAAACCGCGCCGGCCCGGGGAGCGGGACGCGGAGCAGGAGGUGCCGCGUGUCCCCAAAAGGGACGUGCCAGGCCCCCCCCCCCCCCCCCCAGCCCCGUGCCCGUUCCUCGGGGCACCGGCGCGGCGGCGAGGGGAGCUGCGCCCCGGGUGCUGCUGAGGUCCCGGUGGGGGGCACCCAGCGUGGCCGGGGGGGGGCGGGAGGUGUCCCUGCAGCGGGGUGCCCCGAGGUGCUGGGGGUCACACCGGGGUGCUCGGGUUGGGGGUGUUUUGGCCCCCCCCCCCCCAGCCAAAACGCUGGGUGCCGAGGUGCCGGGAGAGGUGCCGUGGGGCUGGGGGGGGGGGGAGCCCAGCACAGGGUGCAGGGUGCCCGGCUGUGACACCCCGGGGUGCUGCAGUGCAGGGGGUGCCGUACCCCCCCCCCCACGCCCCCCCCCCCCCCCCCCCCCCACUGCUCCUGGCAGCCCCGGGGACCCUCACCCCCCCGGGGGACCCCGCUCAGAGCCACCCCAUCAACCGGGGCCGGGGAAGCCCCCUCGGCACGGCCACCCCGGGGGGGGGGGGGGGGCUGGGGAGGGCGCCGGGCACUAAUUAGUGCUGGGGUUAAUUAAUGGUCAUUCUGCUUGUAGCUUUUUCAGUGUGUGUUUGGUUACUGUCUCUGGGAACCGUGUUUGAACAGAUGGCUCUGUGUUACCGGGAGUGUGUGUACUUCUGUAGUCUAGUUAGGUGCUCUGCCAGAAAACCACCACUAUACAUACCUAUAAAUAUAUACAUAUAUAGUCUAUUUUAAGUUAAAAACCAAUGAGACGAAGGGGCGGCGUGGCCCCGGGCCCCCCCGUCCCGCCGGGGUCGCGUCCUGCCCUGUCCCCACCUGAAAGCUUCUCUCUGCUCAUUCAAAGGCGUUGGGUUUUUAAUUGAUUUUCUUUAAUUUAUUUUUAAUUUCUUUGGGUUUUAAUUUUUUUUUUUUUUUUUUGUACAGAAGAGUUGGAAAACUUCAAAAAAACCAACAAAAAGACAAUUUGUAAGAUAUCGUGCGUGUGACUCCUUGUAAAAUAUUUUCAAAUGGUUUAUUACAGAGACUCAGUUAUUAAAUAAUGUUCAUAUUUUCACUUCA